GUAUCCAUGAGUAUUAUGACCUAACUAAUCUAGGUUUGAGCCAAGAUGACCCACUAAGGAAUAAAUAUUCUCAAUCGUAGAUUUUCUACAUUUAAAAAACUUGAAAAACAUACUUUACUUAAGAGUAAUCAAUGUAGAAUCACCUGAACUAAACCAACUUGGUAAAGAUAUAAUAUUUUUUUUCGAUGUGAAUCCUAAUAUCCAGAAGCCUAAUUAGGCCCCGACUAAUCCAGUCGAGCCAAGACGGUCCAUUAAGGGAUAAAAUUCUCACAGCGUGGAUUUUCUACAUUUACAAGAACUCGAACCCGAGACCUUACUUAAGCGGAAGAAGCGCCGAACCGCUUGAAUUAACACACUAUGGUAUUGAUGUAAUAUAUUAAAGCCAAACAACUAAGUGCGCUAUUAAAUACUAAACUAAGAACAGUCGAGCUUUCUUGCUUACUAUUUCCGGGUAGAACCAAUUUGAAUAGCAUAGCCUGAAUCGAUGACUAUCCUACUGCAAGUUCUUCUUCUUACCUUAAAAUACUACCUCACAUCAAGCUAUAGUCACCCACUGGACCCCCUUGACGUGUCUGAAAUCGACCGAAUAAGGUCCAUAGUGCAGCAAUCUCAUGGCCACACCUACCCGAACUUGAGCUUCCAUUAUGUCGAUCUCGAAGAACCCAAAAAAGAAGAUGUCCUCAAAUGGCUCUCUUCUACUAAAAAGCUGAAUCACUCUCCUCCUCCUCCUCUUCGACGUGGUGCUAAGGUGGUGAUUCGGGUUCGAGGGCAGACCCACGAGCUAAGCAUAGACCUAGAGACAAACAGAGUUUUGUCGGAUCAUACCUACACGGGAAAUGGUUUCCCGCCACUGACGUUCACUGAACUUUAUCGAGCAAGCAAGUUGCCAUUAGAGUACCCAAAAUUCGAGGAGUCGGUCCUCAAGAGGGGCUUGAACAUCUCUGAAGUGUCUUGCAUCCCAUUCACGGUCGGUUGGUACGGGGAAGCAGUCACAAAGAGAGCCCUCAAAGUGUCCUGCUUCUACAGAGGGGGGACGGUCAAUGUCUUCGCUAGGCCGAUUGAGGGAGUGACCAUUCUAGUCGAUGUCGAUUCUAUGCGAAUCACAAGCUACAACGACAGGUUCACAAUCCCAUUACCGAAAGCGAAAGGCUCCGACUAUGAAUCCUCAGGCAUAGCUCCGAACUCCACCCGAUGCAACCGAACAGCUAGUAGCGGAUUUACUGUGAAGGGCCGCGAAGUCAGAUGGGCUAACUGGGAAUUUCACUUGGCCUUCCAUGCCCGGGCGGGAAUCAUUAUUUCAACGGCUUCCAUAUUCGAUGAGGGCAAGAGUAAGUUCAGGAGGGUGCUCUAUAGGGGGCACGUAUCCGAGACAUUUGUUCCGUACAUGGACCCCAAGGAGGAGUGGUACUUCCGGACUUUCAUGGACAUCGGGGAGUAUGGGUUCGGGAAAGCAGCGGAUUCACUCCAGGCAGGGGUGGACUGCCCGGAGAAUGCCUUGUAUAUUGAUGGGUACGUGGUGGGUGCGGACGGGCAUGCCCAGGUGGUGCCCCGGGUCAUUUGCGUCUUUGAAAGGGAGUCGAGCAAUGUCGCCUGGAGGCAUACCGAGAUUAAUGUUCCUGGUAGAGUGGUUGCCUUGACAGGCAUUUUGGAGAUGAAAGCUACUGCCUACACCAAUCAGUACCAGAUAAACGAAAACGUCUAUGGCAUCUUAGUGGCAAACAACACUGUCGCCGUUAACCACGACCACUUCCUAACGUACUACCUCGACGUUGACAUUGAUGGUCGAGCAAACACGUUUGUUAAGUCCAGGUUAAAGACGGAGAAGGUGGCAGGUGCUGGCCCAAGGUCACUGCGAAAAAUUUACUGGACAGUAGUGAAAGAGAUAGUUAAAUCCGAAUCAGAGGGCCGGAUGCAGCUCGGCUUGGAAGCGGCCGACCUGUUGGUGGUGAAUCCAGGUCAGAGGACGAGGAUUGGUAACCAAGUAGGCUACCGGCUAAUCCCAGGGCAGCCGAUCUCUUCUCUUUUGUCAGACGAUGAUUUCCCGCAAAUCAGAGCUUCUUACACAAAGUACCAGAUGUGGGUCACUGCUUAUAACCGGACGGAAAGAUGGGCUGGCGGCUUUUAUGCAGAUCGGAGCCGUGGAGACGACGGUUUGGCCAUUUGGACAAGAAGGAACCGGGAGAUUGAGAAUAGAGACAUAGUGCUAUGGUACUCGGUGGGGUUCCAUCACAUCCCAUACCAAGAAGAUUUCCCUGUGAUGCCUACUCUUCAUGGUGGCUUUGAGCUCAGGCCCUCCAAUUUCUUUGAAAGAAACCCCCUACUCCACCAAAAUUGAAUUUCAAACUCUCCAUUAUUUCAUGCUUAACUAAUUUUUAUUCUCAUAGUUAAAUAUCAAUUUCAUAAUCAAAAGAGGUGUAGCAUAGUGCCGUAUAUCCUCGCUUGAUAACCAAGAGAUUCCAGGUUUGAUAACUAGUGGGACUACUUGUACCUAUUUAUUAACUAUUAAGAUUUUUAUUUUAUUAUAGUAGAUCCACAAACCUCCAUUGUAAUCGAAAAAAAAUAUCAAUUUCUUGUAAUCUUUAGGACUUUCUCAUAUUUCUCCCUUUUUCUUUUGUUUUUUUUUAUGAACUCCGGUAUUCGAAAGUCUAAUUGGACCCCGACUAAUCCUGUCGAGCCAAGUCGUCUCACUAAGGGGUACAACUCGCCAAGCAUGAAUUUUUUGUAUUCAUAAGGACUCGAAUCCAAGACUUUACUUAAGUAGGACAAA